GAAUCUACCCGCCAAUAAAUGCUUGUGGUCCGUACUCUUAAGCUGCAAAUAUGUAAGCGCAUCUUGACCCCCUGGGAAACGGUACACGUUAGCAAAAGAGGGAAACGGUGCACGUUAGCAAAAGAAAGAAAAGUGAGAGAGGAAGAAAAGAAGACUUCCGAUCUUUAUCUGAAACGGUACCGUCUGUUCUCCAUCUCCGAUCGACCACUUCGCAAGCUCCGAUCUAUCAUCUGUCUAUUUAUUUUUGGACAUAUUUCGAGGAGGAGAGGUUCAACUAAUAUGCCUGAAAGAAAGAGGAAAGCUCCUACAUUGGUUGAUCUUUGUGUUAAUGUAGCGAUAAGUCACGUGAGGUACCUAGGAGAUGUUGGGGAAACGGAUUUACAUCUUCUUGAUCGAAUUUUACCACAUUGUACAUUGGAUCAGUUGAUGCAUGUGGAGAAGAGCACGGUAGGGCGUGAUCUUAGCCCGGUAACUGAUAAACUAUGGAAGAGAUUCUUUGAGCGGCAGUUUGGUGAGGCAAAUACUAAUCUUGCAAUUGAGAGGAUGAAGCGGUGCAAAGCUUCCUUUCAAUGGAGAGACCUAUAUGAGGCAAAACUGAAGGUUGUUGCUAAGGAGGAGGAUGAAGCAGUUGCUCGACUUCGACAAUCUUACAAAAAGGAAGAUGCUAAAAAACAAAGUAAGCAAAUUCGUCUUUGCACAAAGGUUCCACCUUCAGGCAGUAAAAGAAACUUUUAUGGAGGAAGUGGACCUGGAUACAGUCUUUCCCAUGUGAAGAGCAACUUGAUGAAGAAAUCAAAAUUAGAUUUUCUUAAGAGCCGUGAAGUGAAAAAUAUUGCAGCCAUGAAGAAAAUUUCAGUGCAAAGAAACAAUAGUGCCUCUACUUUGACAAAGACUGGGGGCUUUCCUGGAAAUAGUUCUGCAUCAUCUUCUAGACAAACAGAGUCAUUCGACAGGAGAUUCUAAAAGUAUGUGAUCUAAAGCUUUGCAUAUGACAUGAUUUAUUUGCUUGAGCUUUGUAACAUUUGAAGUUUCAAUUUGAAUAAACCUGUUCAACAUAAAUGUGCAAGCUUCCUUCAUCUCCCUCUCAUCUGCACACACGUUGUAACCAGUCUAUUUUGAGGGAGGAACAUUUCAAAUUGUAAUAUAUUCUUUUUGUUUUAGUA